UACCGCUGACAUCACUAACUAGCCAGUUCCCUCCAGCAGCACCAGAGAGCUUCAUUUUCUGAUCUGCUUUUGUGUUAAAAUGGAGGCUGGCUCCUUGCCUUAAGUGGAUUGCCUUCCUGGUCGAGUUUAGAUGUUGACAUGCACUAAAGCUGGAAUCAGGAUGGUUGUGGAUGCACCUAAUUCCAAUGGGCCUUUCCAGCCAGUGGCUCUUAUGCACUUCAGAGACUGUGCUCCGGCGGAGCAGGAGAAGCUGUUUUUGCAGAAGCUGCGCCAGUGUUGCGUGCUCUUUGACUUCCUGUCGGACCCACUAAGUGACCUGAAAUGGAAGGAGGUGAAGCGUGCGGCGCUGAGCGAGAUGGUCGAGUACAUCACCCACAACAGGAACGUCAUCACAGAGCCCAUCUACCCAGAGGUGGUGCACAUGUUUACGGUGAACAUGUUCCGAACGUUGCCACCGUCAUCCAACCCCACAGGAGCAGAGUUUGACCCGGAGGAGGACGAGCCUACACUUGAGGCUGCUUGGCCACAUCUCCAGCUCGUCUACGAAUUUGUCCUUCGGUUUUUAGAAUCUCCUGACUUUCAACCGAACAUAGCAAAGAAGUACAUCGACCAAAAAUUUGUGAUGCAGCUUUUAGACCUGUUUGACAGUGAGGACCCACGGGAGAGGGACUUCCUCAAAACCACUCUCCACAGGAUCUAUGGGAAAUUCCUGGGACUACGGGCCUACAUCAGAAAACACAUCAAUAAUAUAUUUUAUAGGUUUAUCUAUGAGACUGAGCACCAUAAUGGAAUAGCAGAAUUACUGGAGAUACUCGGAAGUAUAAUCAAUGGGUUUGCCUUACCACUAAAAGAGGAGCACAAGAUUUUCCUGUUAAAGGUCCUGUUGCCUUUGCACAAAGUCAAAUCACUUAGUGUCUACCAUCCACAGCUGGCAUACUGUGUUGUGCAAUUUCUAGAGAAGGACAGCACUCUCACUGAACCAGUGGUAAUGGCCCUUCUCAAAUACUGGCCAAAGACUCACAGCCCCAAAGAGGUGAUGUUCCUCAAUGAGCUGGAGGAGAUUCUGGAUGUCAUUGAGCCGUCUGAGUUCGUCAAGGUCAUGGAGCCACUCUUCAGGCAGCUGGCAAAGUGUGUGUCCAGCCCGCACUUCCAGGUAGCAGAGAGAGCUCUGUACUACUGGAACAAUGAGUACAUCAUGAGUCUAAUCAGCGACAAUGCAGCCAAAAUCCUGCCCAUCAUGUUCCCGGCACUCUACCGUAACUCCAAGACCCACUGGAACAAGACCAUCCAUGGCCUCAUCUACAACGCUCUCAAGCUCUUCAUGGAGAUGAACCAGAAGCUGUUUGAUGACUGCACACAGCAGUUCAGAGCAGAGAAAAAUAAAGAAAAGGCCAAGUCAAAAGAGAGGGAAGAGGCCUGGCUCAAGAUUGAGAACCUUGCCAAAUCCAAUCCACAUUUUCUUAUGUGUGUUGAUUCCACUGUCCUCAAUGGACCAGUAGAAAUGGAGUCUGAUGGUCUAUUAACCUCUGAAGAAGUUCACAGGUUAAAAAAGACAGUAACGGAAGAAUCCACUCAGGUAAAUAGAGACCAGAGAAAAGACCGUCCUCUGGUGCAGCGCGACUCGGAUCUCCCUCAGGAUAUCUACACCGCAAAAGCCUUGGAGACCCAUCGCCGCGCCGAUGACAUGAUCACCACCCACAAUGGGCUCUAGGUCUGCCCCUCCUCUCUCUUCUCUUCUGUCCAGUCCCCUAAAGGAGUACCCUCGCCCCUCCACACCCCACCUCCCAACCCACACAGCACAUUCAAAAUACUGGCUCGCUUUCCCUAUCUCGCCAGUACACUGCCCCACCUCCCUCGGAUUUCUGCUUUCUCUGGUGUUUAUUUUGGGGGGAGGGGUGGGGCCGCAACUCUUUUAGCUGUCGGUCCUGCGGAGUCAUUGUUUUCCUUAUUGUUUCCGCUGAAUUGUGCAUAAAACAGUAUAUCGGCUCAUCCCUCCCUGCUCUUAUUGUAUGAAUGAAAAUGGGGACAUUUCGUUCCACCUGCGACAUGACAAGCUCAUGUGAAAUGCACAACAAACGUAGAGAGCAAAAACUGAAUGAGGGAGACUUAUUUUCGUCUUCUGUUUUCUGUCAAGGGGAAACAACCAAAAACAGAUGGUUAGAUGGAGGGGUAGGACUGUUGGAUCGACUUUCUGGACUUAAUUUUUAUCCCAGGGACAUCUGCCAGUGCCAAGACCAUUUGUGUACUUUUUUUUGUUUCUGCGUCUAUUUUUCUCUCUGUGAUUUUAACAAGGGCGACUAGCUAGGUAGUGCCUGCGUUGUUUGCCUUCAUUUUUUUGGCCUCGGAUGUUUUGACAAUUGUUUUUAAUAAGCUGUUUUAAUAAGCUGUUUUUAAUAAAGUGACUGAUCCAUCUGUUCUGAUGAAGUCACAUUGUGACAGGGAUUGAGAGAGGGAGGAAGGGAUGUUCUCUGUGGACACUAGACUCUUUACACUCUACAGUUUGUGCCAUAUAAAAGUUUUAUUUUGUCUUAUUUCCUUUCUCAUACCCAUCUGUUGAAUUCCAUCUACAAUAUGUGAGCUGGAAAUUUCACAGUGAAAUUAUUGACAGAAAUAUUGACAGUUCAAACAAUGGUACAACCAAUGGUUUAUUUCAUAUAUAGAAACACAUUGGGUGGUUGUUAGUUUCCACCCUUUUUGUCAUACUCAAAAGCCCCUCUUAGACAUUUCAACAUCUGUAGCCGGUUUUUACUGGAAUCACAUUAUGACACCUUACCUGGGGGUAUUACAUAAUGAGUAGUUAUUUGGGAUGCAAGAUGAUUUGUAGAUCAGUGUUUCUGCGCAGCCUGACUGCAAUCUAGUCCGUCUUAAAUGCAUACCCCACUGGGCACACACUGGUUGAAUCAAUGUUUCCAUGUAAUUUCAAUGAAAUUAAGUUGAACCAAUGUGGAAUAGACAUUGAGUUGAUGAUCCAGGCUUCAGCAGUCCUGGAGCUACUUGCUAGUCAGGCAUUGACCUCCAUUUAUUUCAGAGGUACCCAUGAUAUCAAUGUCGUGUUCAUCUCGUAUCCCCCCCAGCAUGCUCACUAUUCCUCCUGUUGUUUUUUAAAUUAUUACCACCACCCUCUUAUCCAGAUGUGCUUCUCUGUGGAGCUGAAUGGACUGUCCAUUGCCAAUAAUAUAUACUGAUUCACAGGCACAUUCACAGAGAUAGUAGAGACCGAGCGGUGAUUCCAGACCAGAAUAACUCUUGGAAGUAGAUGAAUCGUGUAGUUGUUAAGAAAAAGUAUAUUGAACUACCUAAAAAGCACUUCCUGAAAACUUGAAAGAUGUGACAUGUUUCUGUAUAUUCAAUGAAGCUCUGUAUCCCAUUGACUACAUAUGUACAGUCUAUUCUGGAAGCUGUCAAAUCCAGGAGUUUUGGACAUUAACAUUUACAAGUGGGUCAUCUCUUGAACCAUUGUUUGAACUUCCAAAUCUAGCAUGGGUAUACAAACUGUAAUGUGUUUUGUGUUGUCCCUGGUAACUUAUAGCCUGGAUGCUAGUUUUAGCAUUGUAGCUGCCAAUGGAAAUGGCCAAUGCUAAAACAGACAGAUCGAGGCUUGGCAACUGUAUUAUUCAUAUUUGCUUGAAUGGAAAAUGUGUACAUUUAUACAACCAAUGUUAAACAUGUAUUUUUUCCCCUGGAAGAAUGGCACUCACCAAAACAAUUUCUAUCAUAAAAGAAUAUAUUUGCUUUUUAUUUAACGGUAUUGGUUUAAGAUAUGUUAUCAGUUUGCAUUUUGUUUGUGUUCGAACUGUUGUUUUUGUGUAGACCCAUAGAUAAAUGACUCGUAAAACAAGUUAGACGGGAAAAAAAUGUUGGUGACUGUUUUUCUAAAUUCUUUGCUUGACCGCAGCAUCUUUGCAGGAUUUUAGUUGAACAUGUACUUUACAAAAUAUAAUAACUUGACAAGUGUCCUUUUGUAUGUGACCUGUACUAUAUGGCUUCAUUUAAUAUUGUAUACAUAUGAUUUACUUUGUUUUAUGUAGUGUUAUCGAUCUAGAUUUUGUACAAAAUGGUCCUCUGUACAGAAUAAAACAUCAAUAGCAAUGACAAGAAGUCAAUGUGGCACAUACAUUCUUUUCCUCUUUCACUUGUAACUUUGCAUUAUUAAAUAUAAGUCAUAAUUGUAUCUAUUUGAACUCUUCAAGGUUUGUUCCCUAUUCAAAAUGUCUUUGACCAGAUUUCAGUCCAUAGCCUUUGAGCUUUUCUCACAGUUUCAAGUGGUAUACAUCUAUAUUGAAUGAAUAAAGAGAAUAUUUGAUUUUAUAUUUUCAACCAUA